CGAAUAGAGAAUAAUAAACAGAGUUGGAGGAAGAGGUGCAGCUGCAAAGGAGACAAGAAGCACAGUAAUUAAAUGCAAUCUUGGUUGGGAAGGGAACACCUGGGACAGUUCAAAGGAUGGCUGACUGAGAGGGAAGAAGAGGAUGCAAUGAUUCCAAUGUGGACAAUGAAGAAUUAGAUGACCAUAGUAAAUUGCAAACAAAAAUAGAAGGAAAAAACAGUCCACAUUCUUGGGAUUUUGGAAGACGAAGGCAAAGGGAGAGAAAGGAUAUGGGUAAGUCAGUCCUUUGUGGGACUGACGACAAGAGCAAAUCUGAGAAAUGCAAGAGACGACUGAAAUGUGGGAGGUGUAGGAAAAGCUUCAGCAACAGCUCAAACCUUAUUGCUCACGGGAGAAUCCACACCGGGGAGAAACCCUACCGGUGCCCGAGAUGUGGGAAAAGCUUUGGGAGGAAGUCGACUCUGGUUGCCCACGACAGAAUCCACACGGAGGAAAAACCCUACGAAUGCGCCGUCUGCGGGAAAAGUUUCAACCAGGUAUCAACUCUUAUUGCUCAUGAGAGAAUUCACACGGAAGAGAAACCCUACAAGUGUCCAGACUGUGGAAGACGCUUCAGUUUGAAAUCCAGCCUGGUGGCUCACGAGAGAAUCCACACCGGAGAGAAACCCUACCGAUGCUCCGACUGUGGGAGACGCUUCGGCCAGAAGUCUGCCCUCAUUGCCCAUGUGAGAACCCACAAGGGAGAAAAGCCCUAUGCCUGCUCCGUGUGCGAGAAGAGCUUCAGCCAGAGCUCCAAUGUCAUUGCCCACGAAAGAAUUCACACGGGUGAGAAGCCGUAUCAUUGUGCCGACUGCGGGAGGAGCUUCAAUUGCAGCUCCAGUCUUAUUAGACACCAAAGGAUUCACACCAAGGACAAACCGUACGAAUGUUCAGAUUGUGGGAAAAGCUUUGGUUGCAGCUCAAGCCUCGUGCGACAUCAGCGGACGCACACCGGUGAGAAGCCAUACCAGUGCACCGCUUGUGGGAAAAGCUUCGGUGUGAGCUCUCAGCUUAGCGUUCACCGGAGAACCCACACCGGAGAGAAGCCCUACAAAUGCUCAAACUGUGGGAAAAGCUUCAGCGUGAGGUCCAGCCUCGGCGCUCAUGAGAGGAUCCACACGGGAAAUAAACCAUACAAGUGUGCAGAGUGCCCCAAAAGAGUGUAUUUGAGUUCCAGCCUCAAUGCUCACAAGAGAACGCAUGGAGGAGACAAGCCGUACGACUGUGCCGACUGCGGAAAGAUGUUCGCUUGCAGCGCAGGCCUCAUCCGACACCAGAGAAUCCACACAGGAGAAAAACCCUAUAGUUGUGGCGAAUGUGGCAAAAGUUUCACCUUGAGCUCAAACCUCGUGGCCCACCAGAGAACCCACAUGGGAGAGAAACCAUACCAGUGCCUGGACUGUGGCAAAUUCUUCAGCGUCAGCUCCCAGCUCAAUGUACACCAGAGAAUCCAUACGGGAGAGAAACCCUACAAAUGCUCAGAUUGCGGCAAGAGUUUUACAUGUAGCUCAGGCCUUAUUAGACACCAGAGGACGCACACAGGGGAGAAACCCUACAGUUGCUCGGAGUGCGGGAAAAAGUUCAACUUGAGCUCCAACCUUAUUGCACACCAGAGGACCCACAAUGGAGAGAAGCCAUAUAAGUGUGUACAUUGCGGGGAAAGCUUUUAUACCAGGCCGUCUUUUGUGGAGCAUCAUAAAACCACCCAUGUGGCUGAUUUAAAUAUAGAAAUGGAUGACCAACAAACACCUCAAGCAUGACUCAGAGUCUAGUAACUACCAAAUAAAUUAUGUAGGCUGGGAAUCCUAAAACAGUGGGAGCGGGGCAAUGGAACCAGUUGAAGCAGUUGUGAAAUCCUACAAAAGUACCCUAUAUAACAGGCAUGGGAAAACUUGGGUCCUCCAGGUGUUUUGGACUUCAACUCCCACAAUUCCUAGCCGCCUACAGCCCACUGUGGCCAAUUAUAUUGUACUAGCGGUCCCCUGCCAGGCAUUGCUGUGGCCCAGCCUGGUGAUCUGGAAAAUAAAAAUAUAUGUAACGUCUU